AUGGGCGAAGACGAUCGCUCAGUCGUUGCGACCACGGCGAAUAGUCCUCCUACGAGCGCAUUGAACGUAGAGCCAGCGAGUGCCGAGUCAUCGAGGACGGAGCGAAAAGAGGACAACGUUGGAGUAGACAGCAAUCAGCAGAGCAGUCCUGAAGACGAGAGCGAAGAGAAAGGUGAGGAUGAUCUCGAAGAAGGGGAAGAAAAAGAGGAGAAAGAGAACAAAGCUGCAGAGGAAGGUGCGCCACCAUUACCAGACGAAGAAGUACCGCCACUCCCCGACGAAGCACCUCCAGGCCAAGACACAGAAGGCGACGAUGGAUGGGAGCCCGUCUGGGACACAAACGCUCAAGCAUUUUAUUUCUACAAUCGGAUCACGGGGGUAUCGCAGUGGGAGAAUCCCCGUGUGCCAGAUGCUGCAGCUGCAGCUGCAGCAGCUCCAGCACUGUCGAUACCGACAAGUCAAACGGAGGUCGGAUCAGUCGCCCAUGAAGGAGGUUAUAACCCCGCGAUUCACGGCGAUUACGACCCUACAGCUGCAUACGCGCAAAAAACCGAGCCAGACACACAACAAUCACAUACUGCGACAGCAGACCAGUUACAAUCCUACGCUGCUACGGGUGCAUUUAAUCGCUUCACCGGCCGAUGGCAAGACUCGAGCUUAACGCCCGAAAAUUUCAAUGAUGAGAACAAAUCGCGGCGGCAGAUGAAUGCUUAUUUCGACGUUGAUGCUGCCGCGAACAGUCAUGAUGGGAGGAGUCUCAAGGCCGAGCGGAGUGGGAAGAAGCUGAGCAAGGCUGAGGUCAAGGCUUUUCGGGAGAAGAGGAGGGAGCGGAAGGAGGAGAAGCGGAGGGCUUGGUUGAGGGAUUGA